ACCCUGCACUGCAACUUUGAGACCUAAGGGGCCGUGCAUACAGGGGCAGGAUGAGAGCAUGUGCCCAUACCUAUUCAGUCUGCCGCCGCUGACUCUCCAUUUGCCAAAGCAGCUCAGAGAGCUGGAAGAGAUUGUGAAGGAUUUGCAGAAGCUGAAGGACAAUGUGGACCAACUGAGAAAGAUGUGUGCAGAUUGUACAGUAAGCCAAACUGAGAGAGAGUGUGGAAGGCAAAGUGAAAGAGAGCAUGAAAAGCGGAAUGAGGGUACUGAUAGACAUAUGGAUGAGAGUAACUGGCUGAAUGAAAAAAAUAUUGAGAGGCCAAAAGAGUGUGGGACAGACAGGGUUAAAGCGGAAAAGACUAUGGAAGGAGAAUUAGGAGACGGUGACACUGAGUCAGAAAAAAUAACGGUUUUGGAAAAGAAAGGGAGAAAGAAAGGGGAAGCAGAAAGAGAGAACGAUAAAGGGGUCGUAAAAGAAAAUAGGAGGGAAGAAACCCAAAAAGAAGUGGCAGAAAGAGAUGGAAAAACUAAGACAGAGAGGGCAAAAGAAAAGGACAAAUUGGGCAAGGCAAAGUUGCCAAUGUCUGGUGGAAAUGAGAGAAUAGUGGAUAUGGUCAGAAAAAAGAUUGUUGAAAAAAAUAACAGGGAGACAGAGACAGACAGAAAUGAAGACAAAGAUGGAAAAGGAAAUUCAAAAGGAGAUCCAGAGGAUACGUUGGAGAAUGGAAAAGAGAAAACAAGUCAUGAAAAAAAUAAGGAGAAAACAGAAGAAAGUGACCAUCACGUGUGGCGACAUGAAACAAAGGAAACAGAGAAAAAGACCCAAACCGAACAAAACCGGGGCAGUGAUGGAAUAAAGAUGUCUGAGGACCAUGAUGAGCAUACAAAUAAGGAACGAAUGCAGCAAAGGGAGGAGAGGAAAAAGGAAAUGGGAACUAAAGUGGAGCGAAAUAAUGAGAAACCAAAACAGACUGAAAGCAUCGGGCAUGAAGAAAAAGAGAAGACUAUAAAAGAGGAGGAGGUGGAGGACCGGGAGAUGGGAACGGAGAUCAAAACAGAAGCAGAAAAAACGGUUCAGAGUGUGCAGAGAGACAGUGACGGAGAAAUAGUAGCCAGGAAGGCAACUGAGAGGACAGACUUUGUUUCAAUCAGCCCGACUCCUCACUCUAUCAUAAGUUUAGCUCCGGGGCAUAACUAUAUGGAAUCAAACGAAGCUAUAACCUUUACGUCAUCUCUUCCAUCUCCUCCUUUCUCCAGCUCAACUUCUCAUUUGCUCACAUAUGUCAAUCGAGGGAUGCCGAUAGUUGCUGAUGAGCCACCAACCCAAAGCCCAGUCCUUGGAGCAGCUGGCAUUUCUGAGAACCCAAGCUCUGAUGCAGAGGAAGGCUUCAGGACCAAAGGUAGGCCAACAACAACAGCCAUAUUAAACACGUUGGGUGGUCCUAGACAACAGAUAUCCAGUGCCACUUCACCGUUCACCUCUACAACUAGUACAGGCUUCCAGGGUCAAGUUAGCUCAACUACAUCAACUACAACCACCACAACUCCUCAUUAUAAUUUAUACACAACUACAGUCCCAGGAGUCGUAAACCGCAAUCGUUGGGCAGUUAAAAAGAACAUCAGCUCAAACACUAAAACUGGUGUGAAACCUCUUCCAGGCCGAGGACCAAAGCCCAAUGAAAAGCAUAAACCUGCAAUCAGGCCUGAAACAGACCAAAAGCUUAAAAAUCCUAAGAAUGACCGUAAACCGGACCAAGCUCCUUUGCCUGACAAAAAAACUAAACAUGACCAAAAGCUCUCUAAUCAAAAACCCACAACCGACCAAAAAUCUAAACCUGGCAAAGACCCUAAACAAGUCCAGAUUCCAAAACCUAACCAAAGACCUCUAUCUGAUCAUUUACCAACUGAUGAAAAUCUGAAAAACAAUAAAAUACCUAAACAUGACCAAGAGCAUACAACUGAUCCAAGCCAGGUACUGACUGAAAAGCCAAAAUCUCAUCAAAAGUCUAUGCUUCCUGUUCAGAGACCUACAUAUCAUCAAAGACCUCAAACAGUAAACGCAACUGGUUCUGAUAAAGACCCUCAAACUGACCAAGAGCCUGAAUCUGUCAAAAUCCCAAUUAUUACUCAAGACCUAAAACCUAAAAAAAAGCCAGUCCAUCCUCUCAAAACCGACCAAACACAAAAACCUCACAAAAAGCCGAAAAGUGAAGAAAAAACUGAACUUGAUCAAAGAUCUACAAUAAACCAAAAUGUUCCACCUGUUCAAGAGCCUGAAAGAAGGGAAACAACUAGCCCCAGGACAAAACCUACUCAAAAGCCUAUAACAGAAUUAAUGGAAGGUUCUGAUGAAAAUCCUUUGCCCGAGCCCAUAUCUGCCAAAGACUCAACACCUGGACAUGAGCUUACACCUGAGAGUGCCCUAAUCAAACCUCCUGAUCCAAGCCAGGUACUUAUUGAAAAGCCAAAAUCUCAUCAAAAGUCUAUGCUUCCUGUUCAGAGACCUACAUAUCAUCAACGACCUCAAACAGUAAACACAACUGGAUCUGAUAAAGACCCUCAAACUGACCAAGAGCCUGAAUCUGUCAAAAUCCCAAUUAUUACUCAAGACCUAAAACCUAAAAAAAAGCCGGUUCAUCCUCUCAAAACCGACCAAACACAAAAACCUCACAAAAAGCCGAAAAGUGAAGAAAAAACAAAACCUGAUCAAAGAUCUACAAUAAACCAAAAUGUUCCACCUGUUCAAGAGCCUGAAAGAAGGGAAACAACUAGCCCCAGAACAAAACCUACUCAAAAGCCUAUAACAGAAUUAAUGGAAGGUUCUGAUGAAAGUCCUUUGCCCGAGCCCAUAUCUGCCAAAGACUCAACACCUGGAUAUGAGCUUACACCUGAGAGUGCCCUAAUCAAACCUCCUGAUCCAAGCCAGGUACUUAUCGAAAAGCCAAAAUCUCAUCAAAAGUCUAUGCUUCCUGUUCAGAGACCUACAUAUCAUCAAAGACCUCAAACAGUAAACACAACUGAAUCUGAUAAAGACCCUCAAACUGACCGAGAGCCUGAAUCUGUCAAAAUCCCAAUUAUUACUCAAGACCUAAAACCUAAAAAAAAGCCGGUUCAUCCUCUCAAAACCGACCAAACACAAAAACUUCACAAAAAGCCGAAAAGUGAAGAAAAAACUAAACCUGAUCAAAGAUCUGCAAUAAACCAAAAUGUUCCACCUGUUCAAGUGCCUGAAAGAAGGGAAACAACUAGCCCCAGGACAAAACCUACUCAAAAGCCUAUAACAGAAUUAAUGGAAGGUUCUGAUGAAAGUCCUUUGCCCGAGCCCAUAUCUGCCAAAGACUCAACACCUGGACAUGAGCUUACACCUGAUAGUGCCCUAAUCAAACCUCCUGAUCAAAAGCCUAAACCCAGUCAGAAAAUUCCUAAAAUAAACCAAAAACCUAACCAGAAACCUCCAGAGCUCAUAACAGGCCAAAAGACUAAACCUAAUGUGAAGCCUAAACCUGACCAAACACCACAAAUCAAUCAAAGGCUUAGAACACCUCGGCCUGACCAAAAGCCUGAACUUAACCUUGAAUCUUUGCCUGAUCAAAUUCCUGAGGCAGAAUCCAACAAAACAUCCAAACUGAGGCCUCCACCCAGAGCCAGGCCACCUACUAGACCUACAAUCAGACCAGGAGCAACACCUGUUCAAAGGCCAAAACCAGCAGUGCAACAAAAGCCAAGUCCAAAGAUAAAAACAGAUUUAGAUCCUCUACAAAUCAGUGAGACCACUUCAGACGACGUCCAAAACUCUCAAACUUACAUGCUACCUGCACCUGGCCCUGUAACACAGAUUUCUGAAGUAAAUCAUUCCCCAGGGGACACAGAGUUCAGUCCCAGCACACUGAAAACAAUCACUCUGGAUCCAAAGACCUCCAACAGCCUGGAAACUGGACCCUUCCCUCACCGUCACACUCUCUCUGAAGGCUUCACCAUGAGCCCAAACAGCAGGAUUGCGUCUGAUCUGAGGCCACAAACAGCCGGUCGACCACCAUUGAUCCCAAUGACAACAAGACCAAACAAAAUCAUCCAUGGGAUCCUCCCAAGUGUUAUCCCUAGCACCAGUCCAGGAUCCACAAAGCCGUAUAAAGCUUCCAAUACUGACUCCAUCUUACAAACUGAAAAACUUCCCAAUAUGGAGGAAACAGCACCCAGACAAACUCCAGAUCCAGACAAAAUGAUGAUUCAAGUCCCUACCCCCAGUGCCCAAACUACCUCCACAAUCAGCCCUGACCUCAGGUCAACAACCCCUGCCACCUCUGGCCCCGAGCCCCAAGCUGCUGAGUCUUCCACUCCCAGUGCACGUGAGCUGCGUGUAAAAAUCAAGCAGGUGGCUGCUUUCUUCAAUAACAGCCUGAGUCCAAAUGGAAGACCACCAGACAGGCGUCCAAAAGAUCACCAAGAAGACAACCAGGGAGGCAGCAGGCCUGACAGCAAACUAGCAUCUAAAGUUAGGAGAGACUGCUCCGACCACCUGGACAGGGGCGCGACAAAAAGCGGAGUGUACCUGGUGACCCCUGACCUCCGCAGCAAAAGCUUCCCAGUCUUCUGUGACAUGGAGCUGGAUGGAGGCGGGUGGACGCUCCUGCAGCGUCGACAGGACGGAAGCGUGAGCUUCAACCGCACCUGGGCUGAGUACAGAUCAGGCUUUGGGGAGCUGGACGGAGGGGAGUUUUGGCUGGGAAACAAUAUGAUCCACAUGCUGACCCGAGACAGGGACAUGAAGCUGCGGACGGAGCUGGAGGACUUUGGCGGGAUGAUGGCGUAUGCAGAGUACGAGCACUUCAGGGUGGCAAGUGAACGGAUGCGCUACAGACUGACGGUAGGCGGUUACUCAGGUACUGCAGGUGAUGCUCUUCGCUUUAGCAAUAGUUAUGAUCACAACAACAGGGCGUUCACUACGCCGGACAGGGACAACGACCGCUAUCCAUCCGGGAACUGCGGGGCCUACUACAGCUCCGGCUGGUGGUUUGAUGCCUGCAUGGCUGCAAACCUCAACGGGAGAUACUAUGUGGGGAGAUACAAGGGAGUCCGGGAUGGUAUUUUCUGGGGGACGUGGCAGAACAUAUCUACAGAGUAUUACCCCACUAAUGACAGACACUCUUUCAAAACUGUCAGGAUGAUGAUCAGACCAAGAGGCUUUGCACCAAAAGCUGUGACUCUACCAGGGCAUGUCUGAAAAAAUCAAGAAAGGUCUCACUAACUUCAACCAUAAGCUCCUAAAAUGCUCCUUACAAUUGAAUAAACCCUAGUAUACCCUCCACACUGUACACUAGCGCCGCCUUGUGGUGUUUGAUUCGACAAAACUGAUUUGUUCACAGGAUAACAUGACAUUAACUGAGGAUGUACAUAGUUACGAAGGUUAUGGUCAUAAUUACAUAGUAUCUUUUUUAUAACCUUUUAAUGUUGAUAAGUCUUUUUUUGAGAGCUGAAUUUGUUUAAUGACAAGAGAUGGAAAUCUUGUGAAGAGUUAUUUUUCAGUGAAUCUGACGGGUAUGUAGCAACAGAGAAUGAUACGUUUUAUUAUGGCAGUACUGGAAAGCCAGAUGAUGGUUGAUUUAAGCUGUAUGGAUUGUUUUAUAAUUAAGAUUGUUUUGUUAAGAUAAAUAAAAUUGCUGAAUAUGUU